AUGUUGCAUUCAUUUAAUAGGCGACGUUUCAUUUUCAUUGGUAUUGUAUUUGCUAUAAUCACAUUAAAUACGAUCUUUCGUUGUCCUUAUUUUGUGAAAAACUUUAAUACCGAUUUUAUUAGUCUUCAUUUGGAUCAUGAUAUAUAUCAUAAUGAGACAAUAUUACCGCGUGUAUGUUGUUUAAUAUUAACAGCACCACAAUAUUUUCUUACACGUGUGAAAGCUGUAAAUGAAACUUGGGCACCACGAUGUGAUCGUUAUUUUUUCAUAACAGAAUAUGCUCGAGAAAUAAUGACACCUGAACAAAUUAAAUUUGCUGAACAAAUACCUAUUGCACCUAUUAAAAACAUUACACCUGGUUAUGGUCAUCUAACACAAAAAUCAAAUUUAGCCUUUUUGUUUGCAUAUGAAUAUUAUUUGAAUGAUUUUGAAUGGUUUGUCAAAGCAGAUGAUGAUACAUAUUUGAUUGUGACACAUUUGAAAACAUUUUUAAGUAAACAAAAUCCAUCAGAACCUAUUACCUUUGGAUAUACCUUUCAGGGGUACCAUUCAGGUGGUGCAUCUUAUGUAUUGAGUCGAGAAUCAUUACGACGAUUUUAUGAAGCAUAUAACGAUCCAAUAUCAAAUUGUACUAAAGAUGGUGGUGCUGAAGAUAUUGAAAUUGCAAGAUGCCUUCGUACAAAAGGUGUUUAUCCAGGCAAGGCACUGGAUAAAGAAAAUCGUGAACUAUUUCAUCCACUUCCAUUUGCUGAUCAUUUUCAGGGUUUCUUCCCUGAUUGGCUUGUCAAACGUGCUGAAAACCCAUUACAAUCCGUAAGUCGUUGA